GAAUCAGCAAGAUGGCUGCUCUCAAAAGGAAGGGGUGAAGAGGCAAUGAACAUAGUACGUCGCGCUGCUCGGGUGAACGGGAAACUGACUGAAAUCGACAUGACGAAAAUGAAACUUGAACAUCAUAAAAGCAGGAAUGAGAUCAUGCCCGUGUUUAAAUCAUACAGACUAUUGUUCCGGUUCAUUGUGGUUUUAAUCCUCUGGUUCGUCCUGUCUUUGUCAUAUUACGGUCUGACCUUCAAUGUCGGCCGGAUAGGUCACAAUGUCUACCUUGAGUUUCUCGUCUACGCCGUGUUAGAAAUGGUCGCGUACAUCUCCUGUCUGUUCAUCAACACAAGGUUCGGACGAAAGCCGCUCAACAUUGGUGGCUUCCUAUUGGCUGGUGUAGCGUGUGUUUCCUCUACCCUGAUAUUACAGUAUGUAGACGGAGACAAAGGUUGGCUGAUCAUUGCUCUGUCAGCGAUUGGCAGGAUGGGCGUGUCUGCGGUGUUCGCUAAUAUCUUCGUAUAUACCAGUGAAUUAUUUCCCACCACAAUUCGAAGCUUUAUACUCGCCGUAUCCAAUUUUACAACUCGAAUAGGAGCUGUUAUUGCUCCGUACAUAUCCGCCUUGGGGACUAACAGCGAGGUUAGUAGCACGUCUCUGACGUUUGGAGUGUUGUCUUUGGUCGCGGCUGUUUUGUCCUGUGUCCUCCCGGAGACCUGUAACACCAAACUUCCAGACAGCAUGGGUGACAUGGAGGAUCAGCUUUCAGAUGUCCGAAAUAGACAAACUCGCCGGAAUGACAUCGUUCCAGUCAAAAAAGAUACAACUCUGUAGAAUAAAUUUGUCAAUGUUUUAAAAAACAACGAAAAUGUAGGCAAAACGAGGCUGCAAUUAGUGUACUUAAUAAAAGUUGCACAUAAAAAAAUAACAUUAUGAGUUAUAUAAAUGAUAUAUCAUAUUGAUAAAAAAAUAAUUCAUUCUUAAACUUAUAUCCAGCUAAGGAUAUCUUUAUAGUGAGAAUUAAUCUGGAGGUUAGCAAAACCCUGUGAAAUACAGUAAAAUAGGACAUUUUAGUGAGAUUCAAGUUUCGUACUUUGCAUAAAUUGGAUACAUGUACGAUCUCGUUCUUGGUUUGUGUUUCGGAGAUAUGUCUAUGGCAAUGUAAUAAACAUGCGCAGUCGAUGAGGAUAAAGAUUCGUAAAGGCGUUGCUAUGUAC